AUGUAUGCUUCGUCCUAUGAAGUAGCGAAGUUCGGUGGAGGACACAUGAACUGUGUGGAGGUCCAACCUGGGUGGAACUCAGCCCUUGUCAUGCUUCUCCACCUGCCUCUAUGGGUUCUGAUCGUUGCAACGCUUCCAUCCAGUAUUCUAGGAAACGGCCUAUACGGGAUAAUGACACAGCUCUACGUGUGCAUUGCGGACCUGACAGAACAGAAAGCGGAAGUCAUAGAACGGCGACUAUCAACUGUGCCUCAACCCGCAGACAGCGAAACGCCGCCUAUACCAUUCGAGAGACGCCGCACCAGAUCCAUUUUUGAAAAAGGCGAGCCGAAGUCGGUGACCACAGUGCAGUCCUCAAUGGCCUCUGAGCGUCUCUCCUACAUCGCUCUUUUCGAAGGUUGCACAGGUGUCACCCUGUCCAUUGGCACUAUGAUCAUCGGUGAGUUCAUAUAA